AUGUCUGUGUCGGAACUGAAGGCCCAAGGCAACGCAAGUUUUGCUGCCAAAGACUACGAGAGUGCUAUUAAGCAUUAUACAGCUGCGAUUGAAGAGGCUGAGAAAUCAGGUGAAAAAGAUGGUGUGCAUGUGCUGUACUCCAACCGCAGUGCGAGCCAUGCUGGCAUGAAGAACUGGGAUGCUGCGUUGGACGAUGCCGAAGCCACCAUCCGUGCCAACCCUUCCUUUGCUAAAGGUUAUGGCCGUAAGGGUAGCGCCCUCCACGGUGCUCAUCGAUACGAGGAUGCUGUGGCGGCUUACAAGGCAGGUUUGGAGGCGUGCCCCGAUGAUGCUGCUUUGAAGAAGGGGUUGGCGGACGUGGAACGUGCUAUGUCUGCAGGAGCGGGUUCCGAUCCAGCUGCUUCCAUGGCUAACCUGUUCCGCGACCCGCAGCUCUUCGACAAACUUUCGCGCAACCCCAUGACGGAGGAGAUGCUGCAUGAUGCUGCCUUUGUGCAGCAGCUCAAGGACCUGCAAAGUGGCAAGGCCAACCCCAUGACAGCUCUGCAAGACCCACGUAUGAUCCAGGUUAUGGGAGCGCUGAUCGGUGUGGACAUGAAGGCCUUUGACCACAAUGCCAACAAAGGCACUCCUAUGGAAGAAGAGCCUACGCCUGCGUCUGCGCCCAAGAAGGAGGAGCCGAAAAAGGAGGAGCCUAAGCCGGCAGAAGAAAAACCUGUGGACCCUAAGGUAGCGGAAGCCGAGGCGGAAAAAAAGAAGGGCAAUGAGCAUUACCUGAAACGUGAUUUUGAUGUGGCGGCGGCGCAUUACCAGAAAGCCUGGGAGCUGCAUCAGGAUAUCACAUAUCUCAACAACCUGGGUGCUGUGUACUUUGAGAAAGGUGACUUUGACGAGUGCAUCAAGACGUGUGAAAAGGCUGUAGAGGAAGGCCGCUCCAUGAUGGCCGAUUACAAGCUUGUGGCCAAGGCCUUUGGCCGUAUCGGCUCGGCCUAUCUCAAGAAGAAUGAUUUGAAGCAAGCCAUUACCUACUUUGAAAAGUCGCUGACGGAGCACCGCACGCCAGAGAUCCUUGCCAAGCUGCGCCAGGCUGAAAAGGACGUGAAAGAGCAGGAACGCCAGGCGUACAUUGACCCUGCGAAAGCCGAGGAAGAGCGCAACCGCGGCAACACGCUGUACAAGGAAGGCGACUUCCCUGGCUCCGUUCAGGCUUAUACCGAGUCGAUCAAGCGCAACCCGUCCGACCCUCGUGGCUACACGAACCGUGCUUCUGCCUACACCAAGCUGGCUGCUUUGCCGGAAGCCUUGAAGGACGCGGAGGAGGCCAUCAAGGUGGAUCCGAAGUUUGUCAAGGCAUACAUCCGCAAGAGCAACGUUCUCUUCUCGAUGAAGGAGUACACGAAGGCUAUGGAGGCGGCGCAGAUGGCUACUGACGUGGACGAGGCGGCCGAGGGUGGUGCACAGCACGCCCGCGAAAUCCAGGGUUUGAUGAACAAGUGUAUGCAGGCCCUCUAUGCUCAGCGCUCGGGUGAGUCGGAUGAGCAGACCCUUGAGCGUGCUAUGCGUGACCCUGAAGUGGCACAGAUCAUGCAGGAUCCGAUCAUGCAGUCUAUUCUGCAGCAAGCUCAGUCGAACCCUGCGGCCCUGCAAGACCAUAUGAAAAACCCUGGCAUUCGUGCCAAGAUCCAGAAGCUUAUUGCUGCCGGUAUCAUCCGCACUCGCUAG